AUGGCGGGACCAUCAAAGAAGCACCAUGACACGAUUAUGGCAAGAGCAGUCAUGCUGCCCAUCACAAACUUCAAUCCUGGCACGCCUCGUUUAGAUGGUGUGGAGCCGCGUCUGAAGCAAAUGAUUGCCAACUCCGACGCUCUCGACAGCCAAGUGAGAAACCGAAUGUUCAAUGCCGCAUUUGCACCUGAUGCCAUAAGGGCAAAUGACACACGUCCAGAGAUCUCAGAACAGACAACGGCCGAAGUGCUCACAGCUCUGGACUCGCUUCGCAGGGUUGGGGAAUACAAUGCUCGCGCAAAGGAGUCGAGGCAAUUCCUGAACGACACGCUGAAAAAGUACGACAAGUCUGGUGCUACUGCUGGAGCAGAACGCAGAAAGAGCGCUGGCUCAGCUCCUGUUGCGCCGAUGAAGGCUGCCCCUGCGGUGGCUACGGACAGCGUCAAGCAACCAGCUGUUGCGGCACCGACUGCGCCCAUGAUGGCUGCUCCUUUGCCUGCACCCUCUGCAGCACAGACGAUCCCACACUCGACGAAUCCCAACAUUGAUGCAAGCAGAGAUCCCAGAAGACGCUAG